GGUAACGGACUAUUAUUGGCACCUAUCUCGGGCUUCUUUUGUGCUUUGACAGCAAUUUAGGACUCCGAUGAACUUUUGCAGAGCACCUGAAAUUGUAGACGCUUCAACACAAACCUGGUGGAGAAACUUUGGACUUCAUCAAAGCAGAAUAUGAUUUGUUAAAAUGACCUCAUCGGAUUUGUGACAGAUGCGGCUACGCAAAGUGAAUACCAGCUACUCAAACAAGCGGAAGAUACAAUCAGGAGGAAGAUAUUGUCUUUGCCAAUUAAAUAUAUUCUACGACCUGUGAUCAGUUUUUUCGAUUAACCUUUUCCUGAAAUUCUGCCACCUCGAUGCUCAAUAUUCCAGCAACAGGACGCCGGCCGGAGUAGGUGUGUAGCAGCAACCAAAAAAGAGAAGAGCAGGGAUUUAUUAGAACAUUAGUAUUUCAUAAUCAAUGCACUUCGUCUUUUGGAGGACAAAAUUGGAGGAGGGACGCAAAUCAGUCCACGGAAAGUAUAAGGAAGAUGAUUACCGCCACUGUUCUCCUUCUCUCCACUCUCUCUCUUACAAGCAUCAGAGCAGAGAAUGCAGAGGAGCGGCUGGUGAACUACCUAUUGGGUCCAGAGCGCUACAAUAAAUUGAUCAGACCAGCAGUCAAUAAGAGCCAACAGGUCACCAUUUCAAUACAGGUGUCUCUGUCUCAGCUCAUCAGCGUAAAUGAGAGAGAACAGAUAAUGACUACCAACUUGUGGCUUUUUCAGGAGUGGAAUGACUAUCGGUUGAGAUGGGACCCAGACAAGUACGACGGAAUCAAGAAACUAAGAAUACCAUCCAAAAACAUCUGGCUUCCUGAUAUAGUGCUCUACAACAAUGCUGAUGGUGUGUACGAGGUUUCCUUCUAUUGCAAUGCUGUGGUAUCCAACACAGGAGACAUUUUCUGGCUUCCUCCAGCCAUCUACAAGUCAGCAUGUGCCAUUGCGGUCGAGAACUUCCCCUUCGACAAACAGAAUUGUACUCUUAAAUUCCGCUCUUGGACCUAUGACCACACAGAAGUGGAUCUAAUCCUCACAAGUGAUUUUGCAAGCCGUGAUGACUUCACACCAAGUGGAGAGUGGGACAUUGUCUCGCUCCCAGCGCGUAAAAACGAGGACCCCAAUGACAUCACCUACUUAGAUAUUACCUAUGAUUUUGUGAUCCAGAGGAAGCCACUAUUCUACACCCUUAACAUGAUCAUCCCAUGUAUGCUUAUCACUUCUCUGGCUAUACUUGGGUUCUACCUACCAUCAGAUUGCAGGGAGAAGAUGACAUUGUGUAUCUCAGUGCUCCUUGCCCUAACUGUGUUUUUGCUGCUGAUAUCAAAGAUAGUGCCACCCUCCUCUUUUGCAGUGCCACUUAUAGGUAAAUACUUGAUGUUUGCCAUGGUGCUGGUUACUUUCUCAAUUGUAACCACAGUCUGUGUCCUUAAUGUGUACCAUCGCUCCCCAUCCACCCACCACAUGCCUUACUGGGUCAAACAGAUCUUCUUAGUUCGCCUGCCCAUAAUCCUCCUCAUGAGGCGUCCAGGCUCUUCCAAUGUCCAUGGUAGACUCAUUCAAAGGUUAGUCAAGAAAAGCAUUUCCCAGAGUGGAACAGUGAAGAAGCAGUACUCCAACAACAGACUAUGUGGGAUACCAACAGACUCUGACUCUUUCAAUGUGUCUGACGACUUGUCAAACACGUUUCGCUGGAAGGUCGGUGACAUCCAAGAUGAUGACUGUGGGUAUCCAGACUCCCAGAGGGAUUUGGCAGUUAAGUGGGAUGCAGAUCUGGAGGAGGCAGUGGAUGGAGUCAGAUACAUUGCUGAACACAUGAAGACAGAAGAUGAUAAUGAAGGGGUAAUACAAGACUGGAAGUACGUUGCCAUGGUGAUUGACCGUCUUUUCCUGUGGAUCUUCAUUCUGGUCUGUGUGGUGGGAACUCUGGGGCUGUUCUUGCAGCCGCUGUUUCAAAGCUAUAACACCCCCAUUGCUGAUGACACAGAGUAUGGAGACUUCUAGUCUUUUGUGACAUGAGGAUGAUCACAGCCAAAUUAAUGUCUUUGCUGGUUGGAAAUUAUAUGGAAUGAGCCCUAUCAACACAUCCAGUAACAACAGUCAUGGACACUGAACAAGAAAAAAACCAACUAAUUUAUUUUCUGCAUGGCUUUUAUUUUCUCAUGGGCUAGGCUUCGAAUUCAUGUUUUGCUGUCAUCACCAAUACAGAGCAGCCCUGAUGUGACUUAUAAAGAAAUUAAUUAAUAAGAAGUAACAAAGAUAAUGGAUUUAAAAAUCCUUUAAAAGAGACUUUGGGGAACAUUUAAGGUAAAACACAUUUGAUAACCCAUUAUCUACACUCAGAGCACAGCUAACAUUAGCAUUCUGACACUUUCUAUUUGAUCUUCAUGUUUAAGAAUGACAGCUACACAUCGAAGGUGCUUCAAUGCUCAUCUACAACACAUCUUUACAAUCCCGAGGUAAGACUAUGGAGCUAUUAUUGUGGCAAAACUAUUUGAAUAUGCAUACACAGAUCCACAAAUGUUUAAAUAUCCGGGGCGCUGGUAGUCCGCGGUAGCACCCAGUGAGUUCAAGACAGACAUUACUGAGCUGGAUAGCUGUCGUGGGUGCAGUUUUACUGAGGAGGCUACGACGGAGGGUCCAUUAUAGUUUGUGUUUUUGAAAUUUGUUUCCUGUACAGUGCGGGCACGCAGCCUGGCAGCCUGUGAGCCUGGGCUCAGGGUAACAAACCCCACUAAUAUGUUUGCAGAUCGUCAGACACAAAUUUGAAGAUAUGUGUACGCAUUUGCGGAUCUUGCACGGCAGGAGUGUUGCAAAAGUCACGUGUAAAAUGACAGCCAAUGGAGAGGUCCGCCUCAGUUGUAAGCGAUCAUUUGUGUGUAUUUUCAGGAUUUACAGCUGAAAAAGUUCACUGCCAUUAAUAAAUAAGUAAAUAUUUCGAGAUUGGUCUGCAUAUUUGCAGAUUAGUUUACGCAUUUGUGGAUCUUUUUACACAUUUGUUGAUCAGUGUGUGCGUUUGUGGAUCUAUUUAGGCAUUUGGAUCUGUUUACACAUAUUCAAAUAGUUUUGCCACAUUAAUAGCUCCAUAUAAAACUAACCGGAUGUUUUAUGUAACGCAUUGUGGUUUAAGUUUUUAAGUCUAAAAUCGCUGAUACAGUAAGGUGAAAAUAGUUUUCUUUUCUCAGGCUAAUAUAAAUGUGUUUAAGAUUAGGGUUAAUAUGUAUACCCUAUAUGUAUGUGCACAUAAUACUAGUCUGCCCUAUUUUUUUGUUCCUUUAUUUUUAAAUAAUUGUAUCUUGUUUUUCUAUAAAUAUUAUAGGAAUGCUGUAAAUGUAUAUUUAUAUGUAUAUAAAAAAAAGGCAUUAGGAAAUGGACAUUUUAAUGAAAUGUUUGAUGUAAUGGUAUUUGUUUGCUGUUUAUGUUGAUUUUACUAUACAAUGAUUCAUUAUAUUUAGAAGAAGUAUCGUUCAAUAUUUGUAUGAAAAAAUGAUCCAAACAAACGGCAGGUUUAUUUUUUGAUACAAAUCACACUUCAUGCAGCUAAGCAAAACUUUACACAUUCUUAGUAAGCAAUACAACCCUAUUUAGCAUCUGACUUUUUAUUUCAUUUUAUAAGCUCAUUUUAAGAAUUGGCAUCUGGUUUGUUUCCAAAAACAAGUUAUCAAGACAUUUUUUUUGGUAAUAUAAGUCACUUCAGUCAGACCAGGGGCUUCUGAUCCUGGGCUGCAUUCAGAUGCUACUCCUCAUCAUAGGCAUGGCAAUCUUGAUAUCAUUUUUAUAACCUCUGAAGUUGACAUUGUCAUGGAGUCAACUUCCUCUUGCACAGAUUCUAACAAACCAUAAAAGGCAAUUUCAGAUAAUUUCUUCCUUGUAAAGGAUUAAUAACCACAAACCAGUAAAUUGACGAUACCAGCAUUUUUUUUUCUUUGCUGCUGCUGCUUCAUUGCUCUUUACAGACUUAACUCUAAUGCUUUUAACUUUGCGUACACAUGCACAUGUGACUGCCUUGCGUCCCCUGUGUCUGUUUGUUGCGUCAGCUGUGCACAUCCUAAAAAAAAUUGAGGCAACGCGGACACAAGAUGAAGUGUGCACAUGACCAAUAGGGUAAAGAUGGCAGGGGGGAUUGUAACAGAGUUAACACGGCAGUGGGAAAAACAAUGGUAGUAGGUUUUGCAAACAAACUGUUUGACCAAGUCCACAACUAUUCAGUGUGUACAAUGUGUCAUGUUACUGCAUCGUAAAAAAAAACUCCCAUGUCAAAAUAGCUUGGACAGAUAAGUUACAUUUUACAAGUCGAUGUGGAAAUCAGCAAAACUAAAAUAGAUGCCUCAGUUCACCCUGUAAACUGAGACCUUUCAACAGAAUGUGUCCAUGGCUGCAUGUGUAAUUGUUGAAUUUUCUUUCUAUUCAUAUCUGAUUACAUUAUUUUCUUUUUAUCUUAAAUUGAUUGAACCAGGAUAACCUCAUUGAGAUUAAGAAUCUCAUUUACCAGAGUGUCCUGGCCAAGAGGGGCAGCAGCACAACAAAAAGUUACAGACAUGAAACACAGAGUAAUUACAAACACACUUUAACAUGUCCUGAGUCACAGAGCACAAAGUCAUUAGUCUCUACAACCUGAAGCAUAUUCCUCCAACACCUUCAAUCUACUUUUAAAAUGAU